AUGGCAGCAGAAGCAGAUAUGAAAGUCCCCUCGGAUCAUUCCGCCAUGGUGUACGAUGAACCCGGCAGCGUUUCGCUGCAGAGGCGAAUCGUGAAAACGCCCAUGCCAGGACAUGGACAGGUCUUGAUUCGCAUCACACAUUCAGGAAUAUGUCAUUCCGACCACGGCGUCAUGACACACGCUUGGAAAUGGUUGGCCCGGCGGAUAGAGCCGGGGCAGGUCGGCGGUCACGAGGGAGUAGGGAAUAUUGUCAAGCUGGGCUCGGCAACGGAAGCCAGUGGAUUGCGACUGGGAGACCAUGUCGGUGUCAAAUGGGUUUCUGAAGCUUGCCUCUCUUGUCCUCCGUGUCUUGAAGGAGCCGACGGCUGCUGCGUCAACAUCAAAAUCUCGGGAUAUUACACCCCCGGCACAUUUCAGCAGUACACGUUGGCACCUGCAUAUUAUGUUACUCCCAUUCCCGACAGCGUGCCAUCGGCAGUUGCAGCACCCCUGCUUUGCGGCGGGUUGACAGCGCUGGCAGCCAUCAAAAAGGCAAAGGCAUCACCAGGGAGCUGGGUACUGGUGGCUGGUGCUGGGGGAGGUGUUGGCCAUCUAGUAUGUCAGAUUGCGUCUCGGGCAUUUAGUCUACGCGUAAUAGGCAUUGACAGAGUCAUGAAAAAGGUCAUGAUCCAUGAUUGUGGCGUGGAAGAGUUCCUUGCGCUUGAAGACUACUCCAUGGGGCUACAACGGCAAUAUGAAGUCGUUCAGACUGUCAGAAAGCUGACCGAUAGCCUCGGCGUCGCAGCGGCUGUGGUUUGUACGGGAGAGGCUUCGGCCUAUAGCUGGGGUUUCGAAUGCCUUCGGUUCAACGGGACCCUAGUCGUCGUUGGUGUUCAGGAAGGCGAUGAAACUCCCAUUUGCUCGGCAUCCCCAAAUGCAUUUUUAUUCCACCAGAGACGCAUAGUAGGCUCCUCGGUCGGUAAUCGGCUAGACGCCAUCGAGUUCAUGAAAUUGGCGGCGCGAGGCAUCGUGAAACCACACUUUACUCUACGGUCACUGGAAGAGCUGAGUGACAUCUUUGAGGAAAUGGAACGGGGAGAGUUAUUGGGCAAGGUUGUUGUUGAAGUGCUCUGA